AUGACUAACUCCAGCUUGAUUCGGCCUAUUGAAAAGCCCACCAAAAGGUAUUCGUACUCGGCAGCAGAGAAGCUUAAGAUUAUCCGAUACGCUGAAAAAACAUCGCAGGGUCAAGCUGCGUUCAAAUAUGGUGUCCAUAAAUCUAUGAUAUCUCGAUGGGUGCGAAUUUUGGAUAAAAUCAAAGCCGCAAAACCUACUACUCGUCGCAUUGGAUCUGGUCGACGACCUUGGAAGCAAUACUUGGAAGACGAGGAUGAGUAUAACGAGGACAGCAGUGACGAGGCAGAGGAAAAGCAUAUCGUCGAUUCUCCCAUUUCUGACCAUUCUUAUGCAUUGCGAAAAACCCCUCAAGAUGCCGACUUUCAUGAAGAUGACAGAGAUAUGUUUGAAUCAAAUUGUGAUUCCAGCACGCUGGUAGCCGAACUCAUGGUUAGCGAAAGCUUGGAUGGAUGGGAGUCGUCGUCGCCUGCAUUGGUCACACCAGUUGCUAUUUCACAAGAUGCUACACCUACUCCAACAGAUCUGGUCGUAGCAGCCACUACAUCAACUGCAUUUCUGUCCAACUGCAUGCUUGGAUAUACCAUCCAGCCCAUUCAGAGUCAUUCAUUCUCAUACCAGUCAUCUAUGGCUGACACUGUUUCAUCACACGCAGAUACCCACUCAUUCGAUUUAUGCUUUCCACUUCAAAACACUCAAGCCAGUCAUACUUGGAGCUACAAGUCUGCAGCAUGUCCGACCAUCAAGGCUGGGUCUAUUCAUAUGCAGUCUGUCUCUUCAUCCUGUGAAAAUAUGAUCCUUGACAAUACUGGACUGUUUGACAAUUUUGUGGAUGAUGGGGAUACUGGAAUUGACAGCAAUCCAUGCCGACUUGCACUUGCUUUAGACAAGAUGUUUUCCCUUUCCAAGAGCGAAUGUAUGUAG